AUGUGGGGCAGCAGACUGCGUCUUGUGUCGCUGAAUGUUCCCUCACAACGCGCGCUAUCGUCCCUCAGAAGCAGGAACACCCGUGGUUCUCGCCCAAUUCUUCGGCCACGAAACCAAACCCCCAGACACACACCCAAAGCACCUGAAACGCCCGAAACACCUGAUAAUUCGGAACCAACAAAUCCUCAACCUCAAGAUGGCCCUAAUCCCCACUAUGAUCCAGCAAAAAACACUCUCCUCUCACCUGUCUAUAUGCCAGAGGACCCGAAUGGGGUGCUCAAAGAAAACCACCCGGCGACGAGCAUAUUGGCAAACUCUGGACUAGUGGUUCAACGGCAACUGGAGAUGAUGAACCUCAUGGUCGGUUUCGAACAAGCAAACAAAUACGUUAUCAUGGAUGCGCAGGGUAAUCAUAUCGGAUACAUGGCAGAGCAAGAGAAGGGAAUGACCAAUACUAUUGCGCGUCAAAUGUUUCGCACUCGCCGAAGUUUCGUGACUCAUGUUUUCGACCGACAUGAGAAUGAAGUCUUACGGUUCCAUCGGCCAUUCUCCUGGAUCAACUCUCGAAUUAAAGUCUAUGAUCCUCUCGAUGUCACCACAAGUGUCUAUACUUCCUCCACUGCCCUUCAAAAUACGACGCCGGGAUCUCUUGUCUCAGCCAGUGCGGCCUCGAACCCGCGCGUUUCAUCACUCGGCUUCGAUGAGAUGCGAAUUAUUGGCGAAGCUCAGCAAGAAUGGGCACCGCUACGCCGGAAAUACAAUCUCUUCACUUUUCACCAAUCUCCGAACCCAGCGACAGACAUGGGUACCGAGAAAUUUCCCCUCUCUAGAUCAGAUCUGUCGAAGACUCAACAAAUGCAACUGGCAUUGGGAUCUGAGCCAGGGCAGGGCGAGUUCAACCAAUUUGCAUAUGUCGAUGCGCCAUUCCUCUCCUUGGACUUCAAUCUAUUAUCCGCAGAAAAUCGGUUGGUGGGAUCUGUUAACCGCAACUUUGGAGGGUUUGCCCGAGAACUCUUUACAGAUACAGGUGUCUAUGCGUUGCGCAUGGACUCUGCCGAGCCCGGUACCGGAGGCUCGCCUUCAGUGUCACCUGCUGAGGUGACAAAGCCCACCGGAAUGACCCUUGACCAGCGCGCGGUUGUGCUAGCCACUGCUGUGACUAUCGAUUUUGAUUACUUCAGCCGUCAUAGUAACAGCAGUGGAUUCGGCUUCAUGCCCUUGUGGUUCCCUGGCAUGGGAGGAGAGGCUGCUGGCGGCGCAGCAGCUGGUGCAGCGGGUGGUGCCACGGCCGGUGAGGUCGGAGCAGCCGGAGCCAUUGGCGAAGCCGCGACAGGUGCAAUUGGUCGAGCAGGCGCUGUAGGUGGAAUGACAGAAGGCAUGGCAGCGGGCGCAACUGGCGCUGGUGCAAUGGCUGGGUAUGAAGCAAUGCAACGCGGCAUGUCAGGGGAUCAAAGCAGCCAGGUACAGCCAAAUGAGCAGCCUGGCAUUCCUACAUAUGAACAGCAGGUGCAACAACAGCCUGGUAUCUCUGAAGAUGCAUGGCCUGAAGAACAGAGAGAAGAAGAUGUCUGGAAUGAUGACCCUUGGAGCGACUCUGGAGAUGGGGGAGAUGGAGGAGAUUACUCUGACUGGUUCUAA